AUGGAUUUCGACUACCUCAUCAAGCAAAACACCACGGACUUUACUAAAGUAAUUCACCAAAAGCCCUAUCGAACUAUCGAUGUUACUCGCCCUGAACUCAGCCAAACGGGCAAGACUGUCCUGGUGACCGGCGGUGCCACGGGAAUCGGGUUGAGCAUCUCUCGCAAGUUCAUCGAGGCCGAUGUUUCAACGGUGAUCCUCAUUGGACGUCGUCAGGAUGUGCUCACCAGUGGGGGCAAAGAGCUCAGAAGCGAAGCGGAGAAUAGCGGAAAGUCGGUCACUGUUAUCACGGAGCCGUGUGACCAGGCAGACCGUUCCGCUGUCGAGGCUCUGUGGAACAAGUUGGAGCAAGAUGGAAUUGUUGUCGACAUUCUCAUCUUGAAUGCUGCUGAUUUCACGGACCAGAAAUCUAUCCUUGACCUUGGGGCCCAACGAGUAUGGAAGAGUUACGAGGUCAAUGUUCGCGGCCCUCUUGAUUUGGUGGCCCGCUUCCACAAGCAGAACGACAAGAAACCAAGGACCAUCGUCAAUGUGUCCACCCAGGCAAUCAACAUGCUGUACGACAGCCAGUCCUUUCCUGCAUCCUUGCGUCCUGCUUAUGGCUUGACCAAGAACGCCGGUACGAUGCUGCUGCAGCAGAUUGCCAAAGACGUCUCUGCCGAUGAUUUGCAAAUUAUCAACUUCCAUCCAGGCGUGAUUUACAAUGACCAGUAUCCAAAGAUCGGUAUCCAGAAGACUGACCUGCCAUUCGAUGAUGUCGAGCUUCCAGGCUCAUUUGCUGUCUGGGCCACCACCAAAGAGGCUAAGUUUCUACACGGUCGCUUUGUCUGGGCGGCGUGGGAUAUCGACGAGUAUUCGCAGGGAGAAACGCGGAAGCAAAUCGAGGAGAAUGUUGAUCUCCUCCGCAUUGGAGUUGUGGGUUUGAGAGCCGCGCUCAAGGGAGAAGGGUUCUCCUAA